UUUUCCCUAACCUAACCUAACUUGUCAACAAGCCUAACCUAAAAAUGUCAAUAAAUCGAGAGAUUGCAAAUGUAAAAGCAUUUUUCACGUCUAUUCAACUGCAUUUGUCUGAUGAAUGGCUCAAAAGUUGUGUUAAUUGGUGUAGAGAGGAAGUUUUAGGGCGCCAUUAUACGUUUGAAGACCUUCGAUCAAAAGUAUACGAACAAUGGCUAGUUCUCGACUUACGCGACGCCCCAAUAACUAUCUUACCUUCCAACCUUUCAAGCAAACAGAAUUUUACGUUGAACGGUAGUUUUUGCUUACAAAUGAUGCAACUUGUCGAUAUUUCAAAGCCCAAACUGUGGCAAUUACAAAAAAUCCGAAACAGUAAUGUUCUAACUCGUGGCACGCAACAAGAUGCUGAUGUUGCGGGAACAGGCAAAAGACUUCUUCAAAUGACACUAACAGACGGUAUUCAGGAAAUUGAAGCAAUGGAAUACAAACCAAUCAAUUGUCUAAGUUUAAAUCUCUCUCCAGGCACUAAAGUGCGAAUCGUGGGCCCUGUGAUGAUAAGAAGGGGGUAUUUGAUGUUAGAAACGAAGAAUGUUAAAAUUCUGGGGGGUGAUGUUGAAGAACUUUCAGUCAGUCAUGCUGCUGAAAAUGUUUUGGCACGAUUUUUAAAAUUGCCAGAGAAUCCUACUCCAAAGGCAAUUGAAGAAAAAAUAUUGUGUGUGGAAAGGGGGGAAGAGACCAAUGAGGGCUACGUGUCUAAUGUUACUUUGCCAAAAAAUGUUGCGAAAAAGAGAAAUUUGAAUGAGGAUGAAGAUAUUUUUGCUUUACCUAAAACUGAUUAUAAAAAUAAUGUUGCGAAAAAACUUGAAGAUGAUGAAAUGGCUAAAGAGAUUGACAUAAUGAUGGAGGUAGAAGCCGAAUUGAAUCAAGAAAACUGUCAAAUUAAACAAAAAGUAGACGAAAGAAACGAUGAUGAUGAUGAUGUGUUUGCAUCUUUAGAUAUCGACGCUCAUUUGGAUCAAGUUGAUGCGAUUUUUAACACCAACUCUGAACCAAUCCCAAUUUCGAAACUUUCAGAAAACCGAGAAAAUAAUACGACCCAUAAAAUAAAAGCAAAAUUCAAAUCGGUCAUUGAAAAAUUGACAUUUGCCGAAAAUGAGUACAAAUUGGUUAUUGAAGUUGAAGAUGCUUCUGGAACGCUAAAGGUGCGCUUACACAGCGAUGUUAUUGCAAAUUUUGCCCAAUGUUCUCCUAGUGAAUUCUCAAGUUUGAAAAAUAGUAUCACGAGUCCAGACGAUGCAGCUGUUGAAAAAGUGAUGAAAGUGGUUAUUCAAGUCAAAAAUAAAUUACUCGAACUUGAUGACGUAAUGAGCGUUCAGUUGGAAAAGAAUCGCACACCUCUUGUCACGAAAAUCUCAUAAUUGUUGUUUUCAAAUAAAAUCAAUACUUUAUUCAAA